AUGCUACCUGCACGAACACCAACGGAUCCUGUCUGUGAAUGCCGCCCUAGAUUUAAUGGAAAUGGUCGAAUCUGCACAGGUGAAUUUAAACUAUUUGCUAAAAUAUUUAGAAUAUUCCUGCUCGAGUCUAACCUGAAGCUGCUGAGGUGGCCAUGUUAUUAGUUUGUCAUAUAAAAACGAUACUGGUUCUGUCUUGAGUCUGCCUGGGGCUGUCCUUAAAUGCGCUGUCUGAGAAAAAAGGAGCUCAAAUUCGGAUCCUGCUGAAUUCCUCUGGAUCUCCAAUUUUACUGUUUUAGCCUCAAAGCCUUAAAGUAGUUUAAGACAUGCCAUGUUACAGUAUUUAAUUCUUCUUUGCCUAAAAACACUGGAGGUACGUUUGAGCUAUCUACAAUCGAGUGAGUGAAUAAUAGACUAAUAAUAGCUUGCAUGCUAUAUAAGUCGAUCCUUAGCGUUAAACAAAGCAAUUUUAGCAAGAACUAUUGUCCUACCAGUGGAAAUGGACGAAACUGCACAGGUGAAUUUAAUUUCUUCGCUAUAAUAUUUUGAAUAGUCCUGCAUGACAUGUUCGACCACAGCGCCGCACCAUUCAGCCGCGUUGCAAGACAAUUAGAUAAUCUAUUACUCAUAACUCGCUAUGAUUUAAACAGCCGUUUCUCAAAUUAAGAAACUCUUAGGAAAAAUCCCUGACUUUCAAAUGAACACUUUGGUGACUAAUGUAUUUUUUUUCUUCUCUGAAAUUAACCAUAUCACAGUUUGUGUUGUUAAAGUAACAGACUGCACUUUCUAUCGGUUUACCAGCGUGGAUUAAUUGAAAUGAAAAUGGUCAAAACUGCACAAGUGAAUUUAAACUCUUUGCUUUAAUAUUUGGAAUAUUCCUGCUCGAAUCUAACCUGAAGUUGCUGAGGUGGCCACUGUCCGCCGCAUUGUUAGUUUGUCACAUAUAAACGAUACUGAUUGAGCCUUAAGUCUUCCUAGACCUGUCCUCUGAUGCCCUGUCCGAGAAAGAAGGAGCUCAAAUUCGGAUCCAGCUGAAUCCAUUUGGAUCUUUAACAUCACUGUUUGAGCCUCUUCGAGUAAUGAUAUCCUACACAUGUGCUACUUGACCCCUUGAUUAAUGCAUCGUCAAUUUUCUUGCUAAGUACCAGUUUCACCGCUUUUUGGCAAGCUUCCAGAAUUGUAUGACAUUAAAGAAAUUCUUGAAAGAUUGAUUUUAAUAAUUUCAGUCCUUUUGCAAUUGUCAUUUCACUUUGCAGCCGAUCCUUGCUUUGAUUAUAAAAACCUGAGAGAAGUCAGUAGAGAGAUAAGUUACAAUACACCUUUCGGUUCAGAGUUGUGUGACUACCAACUCUCUGAGGGAUGGUAUCCUUCUGCGGGAGCUGCAGGAAAAAAAAUGCUAACAACGCGUGUGCCAGCAUUCAGAUGUGGUACAAAAUGGUCAAGCUGGUUGAAUGGUGCUCAUCCUACAGUGGAAGAUGGUGAGGUUCAAAGGACGGUCUGCUUUAGUGAUCGCUCUACUGGUUGCAAAUACUCAAACGAUAUUAUUGUAAAAAAAAGUGGAUCCUGCUUAAUCUACAAACUUUUUCACCCACCUGGUUGUGAAUCACGCUUCUGUGGUACAGACUGA